GUAGUAGAAAAGGUCACAACACGAAGACCUUUGACUCCCCUUUUAAGGUGGAUCCAAAGGYGGAUGGAAAACGAGAUGAUCAUGUUUGGCAUUUCGUUGCUCGUGGUCGUUAUUUAGAUGGAUCCACUGCGGUCGGGAGAAAGAACGGUCGCCGUGGCAGGGGGCGAUGAUCACGGUGACGGAGGAGAUAGGCCACGGCGACGAUGAUGGCGCCAGUGGCGAUGAUCACGGUGACGGAGGAGAUGGGCCACGACCUGCACAUGGUGACACGAUGCGCGUCGACGGGGCAGGGGGCGAGCACCGCACAGCAGUAGAUGACGCUCGAGAUGGAAUUCCAGUUUCUGAGGACUCUUUCAGCGAUCACGGCAGCGAGGAUCGGAUUGAGCUGCAUGGCGGGAGCGGUCAUCCACGAGGUGACACUUCGAGUAUGCACGCGAGAGUUCCGAUGGGGCCUUCCGCAGCAGUCCCAGAAUCGCAACGGGGUCCAGCACCGUUGAUGCGUCAUCCCGAGGUUCAGGGAGAGAUCAGUCCUCUCCCGGCAGUGCCGGACGAGGGUUCUGUCGGUGCACUGCAUCCACUCACGUCUGUCGGAGCGGCAGUCUCAGUUGCAGCGAACUUGGAUGUGGGACAACCACUAGCAGUGGCGGAGCAAGAAAGUAUGCUCCCACCUCGCAGUGUUCAACCGCGGCCACCGCCUGCAUUGAUGGAGGGGAGUCAGGGGACCGUUGUUGUGUGUCAAGGCGACGAUCUCCCGGAACGUGAUAUCUCACACACUCCCGCAGCCGGGCAAAGCGCCGCAAACCAUAUCUGCCUCGCAUGCCCCACCGGCAGUCUUCCGGGUACGGGCGAGUUACUGACCAUGGACUCUGCGCUCGUUUCUCUACCGGACUUGUCGACGUUGAUAUCCCCAGGUCUACCCCAUGUGUCACCGCCCAAGCCACAACAGCCUGUUGUCAUGGAGCGUGGAUCGAACGGGUUUGACGUGGCAGGAGGCGAUAUCGCCGAUAUGAUUACGGGCCCAAUGGUGUCUGCCACGCCCACAAUUUUUCGUGUUGGCAAACUACGCGAGAUGGCCCUUGGUUUGGCGGAGACGGCGACGCGACACCGCCGCGACGGUCAGCGCAGCAUCGCACAACGCAGUCUUUCUCAUUCGUUUGACGGCGCAGAGGAAGGGUCUCCUCGUUGGCCAGUUGACACACUCGAAAGAGAAGCAAGACCCCCAAGUCCGCCGUCAAACUCAGAGCAUCAUCCGAUUGCCGCGACUGUCGGCGCAGAUGCCGGCGUCCCCGUCACAAAUAGUGGCGCGGACGCGACAGAACAGCUUGUGGUUGGGUCAUCGGCGACAGCACGGCGCGACAGAGCCACUGUUUUGCCGACAGUGGUAUUCUAUGCCAGCGGGAAGAAGUUUGUGGACCGACACGGGAGUGCUUUGCCGACGAAGACGUCUGAUGUCCAUGCUACGAGAGCCGCAAAGGCGAGUCUUUCUCGGGCAAGGAAGAAGGCCUCGGCAAGUAAGGCGUCACGUUCAUCCUCACAUAUGCGUUCCCGAGAGAGAGGAUCGGGCGUUGUGCAUCUCGAGGACGGAAAGAUUGCACCUGACGGCGACGCAUUGGAUGUUGGAGAGAGGGAUGCAACGACGGCGGAUAUCGUCGGCAGGGAGGACACAGGGAAUGCAGUGGCAGGUCAGAAGAGACGCGACAAUGUACUUAUCGUCCACGACGACAGCACAGAUGUCGCCCCAGGAGAGACCACAGACACUGAUGAUGCAGGGGACUCCGAUUACGUACCCAAACCACRGGCGGCAGAUGGAGAUGAUGGAGGAGGGCGACGAGUGAGACCGAGGACACGACUCGGGCCGCAAGGGCAUCGAGCACAGGGUACACCAUCGGCGAUGAUUCAUGACCCCAUAGAUCGGCGAGCUCAGGCACAGCGGCUGCUGCUCAAAAUGGAGUUCACUCUUCAACAGACGCACGGGUUAUCGCUUGGUCGCGAAGAGACGGAGACUCAGAGACAGGGAGAGAGGGAGAGAGAGAGAGAGAGAGAGACAUAGAGAGAGAGAGAGAGAGAGA